AAAUUAAAAUAAAACCAUGCCAGAAUAUUUAAUCUGUCGAAUAUGCCUUACGGAAGACAUGAAUGUCGAUUCCAUGACACCACUGUACGACGAUCUGGAUGUUCAAUGUCCACUAGUUCGGAAAAUAGAAGAGAUCGGGAGCAUUAAGCUACCCCCCUUGGAAGACAUGCCAAGUCUGCUCUGUUGCACUUGUGUCGGUAGCCUUAACAGCGCCUAUAAAUUUCGAGAAUUAUGCCAGGAAAGUGAGCGAACCUUUGCCAGCAGCGUUGUAAAGGCGGAAUUAAAAUUGGAGCCAACGGAUGAUCCUUCACAAAUUGAAAGCGAUAGCGUGGAGUACAUUUACGAAGCGGCCAAUGAGUUUAUUGACGCCGAUGAUGACAUUGAAUUCGAUGCUAUGCUAGAAGAGCGCUUGGAGGAAACAAUUGAGGAGGCGGAAGCCAACGCAGUUUAUGAUGAUUUUGAGCGGACGACAGAUUUGGAUGAUAAGAACAUAUCAAUUAGCAAUGCAAGCGACAGCGACUACGAACCCAGUGAACGGUUGCGAAAGCCAAAGGUACGAAAAUCAAGGCUUAGCAAACGUGGACGGGGACGACCUCGCAAUCCGACGCAUUCAGUAAUUAAGAAUGGACAAGCAAAGACAACAAAUGUAGCAACUGCGAAUAAACCGAAUGAAGAGACCUCUACUAACAUCAUGUGUGAAAUAUGUGGCAAUAUCUACUCGAAACGUGCAGCGCUCAAUAUUCACAUGCGACGACACAUGGCCGAGAAGCCUUUCGAAUGCGAAAUCUGCACUAAAUCGUUUGCUGGUCCCUCGGAGCUAAAUCGCCAUAUCAGAGUACACACAGGCGAGAAACCUUUUACGUGCAAAUACUGUUCCCGAGCAUUUGCUGAUCGAAGCUCAAAUAUACGCCAUGAACGAACCCAUACAAACGAGCGACCAUUUACCUGUGCUACAUGUGGCAAGUCUUUCUCCUAUUCGAAUGUUCUCAAGAAUCACAUGUUGACACAUACAGGCGAAAAGCCCUUUUUAUGUCUGCCGUGCAAUAAAACCUUUUCCCGGAAGCAUCAACUGGAACAGCACACAGGAACUAUGACCCAUCAGCAAACUGUGAAAGCUCUUCAGACUAGCGAUGCGGCUCGUCACACUGAGCUAUAUUAGUCAUUCGCAAUGGUUUAAAUAAUUAUUUAGUUG